GAUAUAUACCACCGCAACCUUGAAAAAGUCUUCAAACAGCAUUAGCAAUCGGAAGGGAAAUCAGGAAAAGGAGUGUAGCAACAGAACUUAAUCUCCAGCUUCCCGUAUGCAGAAAUCAGAUCAUUAUACCAGCGGCUUUGGCGAUGAGAAAGAGGACUCUGACAUCAGUCACAGGCUCCCACGAGAUCCUGAUAUCUCACAGGCUUCAUCAUAUGGCAGUGCUCGCUCCAUUUCUCUCAGUCAUUCUCUCAGUCAGACAACGCUCCGGAGUUCAAACUCGUUCAGAGUUAAAGCUCAGGAAUUUGCUGCAGGAUUUGUCACUUGCUUCAUCCCUCAUCGCCAUGCAACUUGUGAAGGAGCAGAACAUGAAGAUGGCUCGAGGGAUGUCUCCGAUUUUUCCACUACUUCGACAGGUUCAAAGAUGUCAACUAUAAGUAGCGGGAGCAAUUAUAGAUUCAGAACCCAUGGUUCUUACAGCAAAAAGGAAACACAGCAAGAAACAAUAAGGUUCUCCAUAGAAGAGAUCAACAAAGCCACUUCAAAUUUUGCAUCAGAAAAUAGAAUUGGGCAAGGAGGCUUUGGGGCAAUAUACAAGGGGAAACUCAAGGAUGGAACUCUAAUUGCAGUAAAACGAGCCAGAAAGAAUAUGUAUGAUGUGCACUUAAGCGUAGAAUUCAAGAGUGAAAUCGAAACUCUGUCGAAGGUAGAGCAUUUGAACUUAGUGCGAUUUCUUGGAUGUCUGGAGACUGAUAAUGAACGUCUAAUUCUGGUUGAGUAUGUUAGCAAUGGCAAUCUACGGGAACACUUGGAUGGAACACGUGGAAAUGGUCUAGAGAUCGGACAACGGCUCAACAUUGCCAUUGAUGUAGCUCAUGCUGUUGCCUAUCUGCACACAUAUGCAGAUCACCCAAUCAUCCACAGAGACAUCAAGGCCUCCAACAUCCUGCUGACGGACAAGCUCCGGGCAAAGGUGGCGGAUUUCGGGUUCGCGCGGCUGGCGGCGGAGGAUCCGGAGGCGACGCACGUCUCCACCCAGAUCAAGGGCACGGCGGGGUACCUCGACCCGGAGUACCUCCGGACCUACCAGCUCACGGAGAAGAGCGACGUGUACUCCUUCGGCGUCCUCCUCGUGGAGAUCGUCACAGGAAGGCGCCCCAUCGAGCGAAACCGCGACAACAGGGAACGCGUCACCACGCGAUGGGCGAUAAGGAGGUUCAAGGAAGGUGACGCGGUGAUGGCGAUGGACCCGCGGUUGCGGCGGAGCCCAGCGGCGGUGGGCGCGACGCAGAGGGUGCUGGGGCUGGCGGAGCGGUGCAUGGAGAAGGAUAGGAGGUCGCGGCCGUCGAUGAGGGAGUGCGCGGAGGUGCUGUGGGGGAUCAGGAGGGACUCCCAGAGCAUGCUGCAGUCGUCGUCGACGACACGGUGAUAGAUGUCGACGGCGACCAGGAGUUCGAUACUAUCGCAAUUACAGGAGCAACACGAUGCCAUCUGUCGUAUGGUAAGUACGCAGAGUGUAUUUGAUGGUACAGUGUGCACUACUGCAUUGUGUAUGUGUAUGUGUGUGUAUGAAGCCAAAUUGGGAUUGAAAGGAAAGCAAGAAAAGAAACAGUCAUGUCCAUGUUAUCGAUUCAAUUCAGUUAUGGGAGAUUAUUUUUGUUGGUGGGUAAUUGGAAAAGGAUUUAUGAAUGUGUCUAUGUAAUGAAGUUGGGAGUGUAAAUAGCAAGAUUUGAUUUAGUAGCAAUACAUUUCUUAGGGAAUAA